UGAGUCCCUUAAUCAUGUGCCCUGAGAGAAGUAAGUCGGUGGUGGUGGCUGCGGAUGACGAGUCAGGUUGCUCAGGUGCGUCUCCAGCUCACCUCACACUUGGGCUUCUCAGGGAGGAGGGGCGGAAGCCCUGGCCCACUGUUAGCACGAUGAUCCUCAGCCUGCUCCUGGCUCUCAACUUCUUCCCCUCAAUUCAAGUAGCAGAAAACAAGAUUUUGGUGAAUCAGUCGCCCAUGCUUGUGGUAAACAACAAUGAGGUCAACCUCAGCUGCAAGUAUACCUACAACCUCUUCUCGAAGGAGUUCCGGGCAUCCCUUUAUAAGGGAGUAGAUAGUGCUGUGGAGGUCUGUGCUGUGAAUGGAAAUCACUCCAAGUCACUUCAGUCUACAAAUAAGGAAUUCAACUGCACUGUGAACUUGGGCAACGAAACAGUGACAUUCUACCUCCAGGAUUUGUACGUUAACCAAACGGAUAUUUAUUUCUGCAAAAUCGAAGUUCUGUAUCCUCCUCCUUACAUAGACAAUGAGAAGAGUAAUGGGACCAUUAUCCAUGUGAAAGAGAAACAUCUUUGUCCAGCUCCCCGGUCUCCUGAGUCCUCUAAGCCAUUUUGGGCACUUGUGGUGGUAAACGGAGUCCUAGCUUUCUAUAGCUUGCUAGCAACAGUGGCUCUUUCUAACUGCUGGAUGAAGAGUAAGAGAAACAGGAUGCUUCAGAGCGACUACAUGAACAUGACACCUCGCAGGCCGGGGCCCACCCGAAAGCACUACCAGCCCUAUGCGCCAGCACGGGACUUUGCAGCCUACCGUUCCUGACACGGACGCCUAUCCAGAUGCAAGCCGGCUGGCCCCUCUUCACCUGCUCAACACCAUUGCUCUGGAUAGGAAAGGAUUGCCUCGUCUUCAGCCAGCCACCUUGGCCUCCUGUUAGGCCACCAAUGCUAAUUUUUCUUGAACAAAUAGACCGAAUAACAUCAUUUUGAGACUCUGAAAUGAAGUUAAAGAAUAUUACUGUGGCAGACUCUUGUAGUGCCAUGGCCCAAAU